CUUAUCUCAAUUAGAAAACAGAACAAUCUUACCAAGUCAAUUACUUCAAGUCUUCAACUGUGAUCGAUCAAAUUCGAAGGUGUCUAACAAAAAUGGUGGAAAAGAAAGUUGUCAUCGUAGGUGGUGGUGUUGCCGGUGCUGUCCUGGCAAAAACUUUACAGCAUCAAGCCAGUGUCACCCUUAUUGAUCCGAAGGAGUAUUUUGAGAUUCCAUGGGCAACCUUGAGGGCAAUGGUUGAGCCAUCCUUUGCAGAAAGGAUUGUAGUCAACCACAGAGAGUACUUCACAAAAGGUGACCUUGUCAUAUCCAGUGCCAUCAACAUAUCUGAAACUGAAGUCUUCACUAAAGAUGGUCAGCAGAUUGCCUAUGAUUAUCUUGUCGUUGCAACUGGCCACUCAGACUUUUUCCCCAAAACCAGGAGUGAAAGAAUUGACCAAUACAAAGGAGAAAAUACAAAGAUAAAAUCUGCAAGUUCAGUGUUGAUUGUUGGGGGAGGUCCAACUGGUGUUGAGCUUGCGGCAGAGAUUGCGGUUGAUUUUCCUGAUAAGAAGGUGACUAUAGUGCAUAAAGGGUCAAGGUUGCUGGAAUACAUUGGGCCAAAGGCUUCAAGGAAGACAUUGAGGUGGCUCAAAUCAAGGAAAGUUGAUGUGAAACUAGAGCAGUCAGUUGACUUGAACUCCUCUACAGAGGGAAACAGGACAUACCUAACUUCAAUUGGAGAGACUAUUGAAGCAGAUGCACAUUUUCUGUGCAUAGGGAAACCACUUAGUUCAUCAUGGCUUAGUGAAACUAUUCUUCAUGAUAGUUUGGAUGGUAAUGGAAGGAUCCAGGUUGAUGAACACUUGAGAGUGAAGGGAAGGAGCAACAUUUUUGCAAUUGGAGAUAUUAUUGAUGUUAAAGAAAUCAAACAAGGGGUGUAUGCACAAGGUCAUGCUAAGUUGGUUGCUAAGAACCUGAGGCUAUUGAUAGAAGGAGGAGGCAAAGAGCAUAAACUUGGAACCUACAAAGCACAACCAACAAUAUCUAUUGUUUCACUUGGAAGGAAACAUGGGGUUGCUCAGUUCCCAUUCAUGACAAUCAUUGGAAGGCUUCCUGGCAUGAUCAAGUCAGGAGAUUUGUUUGUGGGGAAAACGAGAAAGGAAUUAGGACUCGAACCUAAUGUUAAAAAAUCUUAAUUUGAUAUCUUGUUCAGCUCAUCUUUUUGUAGUUACUGUUGUUGUGUAUGUGUAAGUUGAUUGAGUGUUUUCCUUUAGAGUGUAUUACUUCACAAAUUUCACUGUACCUGUAAAAUUUCUUCAUAAUUUUGAUUUUGUAAGUGUUGUACAUCUACUCUUCUGUAAUUUAAUUUUAUUCCAACAAAAUGAUUAAUUCGAGUUAUCAA